CAACUUUAAUGCUCUCAUCAUCAAGUCACCCAACCUUAGGAGAUCUUCAUUUAAUAUUCACUACGAUUAAAAGAUCUCUCGAAGAAAUUAUCGAUAAUACAGUCGAAGAGACUACACCAAAACUUGUUGCAACAGCCAUGGCAAUUAAACUUGACGAGUAUUGGCAAAAAUUGGAUCAAUCAUCCUUUAUGAUUGCUCCACUCGAUUCAAACAUUAAGCUUUCAUUAUAUGAUGCAAAAAAACAACAUAAAGCUCAACAAUAUAUAGAAAAUAUCUAUUUAAAAUAUAUUACCUCUAAUGCCAGUUCAUCAUCCCAAACAGAUACUUUACAAUUAACUUCACGCGAUUAUUUCAAAAAGGCCCUUAAGCGUUCAUCUGAUUCUCCUGGAGUAACAAGUGAACUACGAAAUUAUCUUAUGUCAGCAGAAGUUGAUUGUGAAGUAAAUCCUUUUCAGAUGAUGCGUAGUGACGAUGAAAAUAAGCAAUCGGAUUCUACCAAUAAAGCAGAAGUAGGUGAUGACGAGUGCGAUAACGAUGCAGAUAAUCCCAUAAUUAGCGCAUAUUCUUCUCGACCGUCAACACCUAAAAAAUCUUCACCACCACCACCAUCAUCAAGAACACGAACUCAUUCUUUAAUAUCUUUAGAAGAGAGGUAUAAUCUGUCUUCGCCGCCAAAAGAUGUGGCCUACACUCCAAACAAGAUUGUUACCCUGGCGGAUUCAUUUCUACUCAAAGAACAUUAUUAUCAACCUCGCCCUUAUAAAUCUGAUAACGAAGAUAAGCCAAAAAGACAAUUAAGACAUGGUCUUAGCUUUAAUCACUCAAAUUCUCAUCAAACAUCUACUAACGAAGUUAUUGACGUUGCAAAAAUAUUAUCCACUGCUAUUUCUUUUGUAAAAGAAAAUAAUAAGAAAUUAGAUCAGCUUACUGACGAGAUUAGAAGUGAUGGACAAAGCAGUGAAAACGAUAUAGAUUUGGAUGACAGUGACUUUAGGUGGAGUAAAAGAGAGCUUGAAAACGAAAUUACAAAAUUGGUUGCUCAAUUAAAGUCUAUGAAAGAAACGUUUGAGAUGCAAAUCAACAGCAAAAACAGGUUAAUAGAGGACCUCGAGUAUGCACUAAAGAAGAGUGAGAAAGCCAGUAAAAGAAAACGCGGCGAAAUUGAACGCAUGGAGAACCAGAUCGAGGCUCAAAGGAGAGCAAUAGAUGAGUUGAUCGAAGAGCAAACCUUUAUCAAUAGAAGUCAGCCCCCUGAUCCCAAACAAACUGAAGUUUUUUUACUUGAACAAGAACUAGAUGAAAAGGAUAAAACUAUUGAGGAGCUUCAAAAAAAGAUCCAAGUAUUAGUUGUAUCCAAAGAAAAUGAAAUGAAUGAUAAUACCAACAACCAAGUUACUAAUACUUAUGACAGUCUGUAUUGGGCCAGGUUUAACCCAGCCUGGCCUGGCCCAGCCUAG